AUGAGUAAAUAUAUUGCACUUGAAAAUCUUCCGGUAGAUUUGCAACAUAAAGGAGCUACACAAAAUGAAAGCACCGCUGAUAUACUGAAACAGUUGCCACAUGAACGAUUACAAGCUGUCCUGGAGAAGAUACCAGAAGAAGAUCUUGAGGUGAGACGAUUGCUUUCAAUUUUAAAGAAGCCGGAAGUAGUGGAGAAUGAAGAUGUACAACAAAGAAGAAUACGGUUGGCUGAAAUUUUAAUGGUUGAUGAAAUUGAUCUUGAGAACAUUAAUAACAUGGAAAACAUAAAUGGGGAAGAAGUAGACGAAGAGGACGAUGAGGACUUCUUCACUCCAGCAACAUCUGAGCUCAUUUUUGCGAGAAGAUUUUUGAUAAAUUAUUCACUUGAAAGAUCUCGAAAGAGGCUACAGAAAGAGAUGGAAAGACAUCAAAAGUUCAAUACAAGACAGGAAUUACUCAGUCGGCGUACAGAAUUACAGCGUAUGGCUAAUUUAGAGCUUGCUGGCUCUCAAUUAGUAUCUACGAAGCCUAUUUCCGCAGUUUCUUUAUCUACCGAUGACAUGGUUGUCGCAACGGGAAGCUGGGCAGGUGAUCUUCAGGUAUUAAAUUCUCAAACACUGCAGCCAUUGACACAAAAACUCGACUCUCAUGUAGGGAAAAUCGGAGCUAUAGAUUGGCAUCCUGAUUCAAACAAUCAAAUGAUUUCAUGCGCAGAAGACGGGCUCAUCAAAAACUUUCAAUACUCAAACGAAGAGGGCGGCCUUCGAUUAUUGGGAGAUCUUGUGGGACAUGAAAGACGUAUUUCUGAUGUGAAAUACCACCCUAGUGGCAAAUUUAUAGGUAGUGCCUCUCAUGAUAUGACUUGGAGACUUUGGGAUGCGUCAACACAUCAAGAACUGCUGCUACAAGAAGGCCAUGAUAAGGGAGUGUUUAGUCUGUCUUUUCAAUGCGAUGGAUCUCUUGUUUGUAGCGGUGGCAUGGACUCGCUUUCAAUGCUAUGGGAUAUAAGAUCCGGAAGUAAGGUGAUGACACUCGCAGGACACUCAAAGCCUAUUUACACCGUAGCUUGGUCACCAAACGGGUAUCAAGUAGCCACUGGUGGUGGUGAUGGAAUCAUUAAUGUUUGGGACAUCAGAAAACGGGAUGAAGGCCAACUAAAUCAAAUAUUGGCGCAUCGUAACAUCGUUACGCAGGUAAGGUUUUCAAAGGAAGACGGCGGAAAGAAACUUGUCUCUUGUGGCUAUGAUAAUUUGAUCAAUGUGUAUAGUAGUGAUACGUGGUUAAAAAUGGGAAGUUUAGCAGGCCACACUGAUAAAAUUAUUAGCUUGGAUAUUUCGAAUAAUUCUCAUUUUUUAGUGAGCGGCGGAUGGGAUAGGUCUAUCAAGCUCUGGAAUUGA